UUGUAUAUUAACCCAUGAACUUUCCUCACGAGUCAUAACUCACUAAAACAAAAUAAUAUACAAAUGGCUAGCAUUUGGAUUCUUUUACUUCUCUUCUUAAUCAUCUUUCUUCUUCUCACGGCCUUCAAACACACAUAUCAGGGGAAACAUCUACGAAUACCAUCUCCUCUUGGUUUUCCGAUCAUCGGAAACUUACAUGGAGAAUUACCACACCAGUCUCUAUGGAAUCUCUCAAAGAAGUAUGGUCCUGUAAUGCUUUUGAAGCUUGGAAAAGUCCCAACGGUCGUACUUUCUUCCUCUGAAACAGCAAAACAAGCUCUAAGAGACCAUGACCUCCAUUGUUGUAGCCGUCCUUCCUUAGCAGGAGGGAGAGAGCUCUCUUACAACAAUCGGGACAUAUCUUCCUCUCCUUAUAAUGAAUACUGGAAAGAACUAAGGAAGCUCUGUGCUCAAGAACUCUUGAGUUCUAAACAAAUUCAAUCGAUUCAACCCAUUAAGGACGAGGAGGUCAAGAAAGUGAUAGAUUCAAUUGCUGAAUCAUCUUCUCUGAAAAAUCCGGUUAACUUGAACAAGACGUUUCUUGCUUUAACCACAAGUGUAGUAUGUAGGACAGCAUUUGGUGUGAGUUUUGAGGGAACUGUGCUUAGCAAUGACAGGUUCAACACGUUAGUCCGUGAAGCAUUCGAGAUGUUGGGAAGUUUCUCUGCCUCAGAUUUUAUUCCGUACAUCGGUUGGAUCAUCGACCGGUUCACUGGUUUGCAAGGGCGGAGAGAAAAAAGCUUUCUAGAUCUCGAUGCGUUCUAUGAACAAAUCUUUGAUCUGCAUAAUAAGGAAAAACAAGAAGGGAGUGAAGAUCUCGUGGAUCUGCUCUUGAGGUUGGAGAAAGAAGAAAUUGUUGUUGGAAAUGACAAGCUCACAAGAAAUCAUAUCAAAGCAAUAUUGAUGAACAUUCUUUUAGGAGGAAUUGAUACUUCUGCAAUUUCAAUGACAUGGGCAAUGGCAGAACUUGCUAAAAACCCUAGAGUUAUGAAGAAAGUUCAAUCUGAAAUCAGAAGCCAAAUCAAGAACAAAGAAAGAAUCAGCUUCGAUGACACUGAUAAGCUUGAGUACCUGAAAAUGGUGAUCAAAGAAACAUGGAGGUUACAUCCUCCAACACCUCUCCUCCUCCCAAGAGAAGUAAUGACUGAAUUUGAGAUCAAUGGCUACACGAUUCCUGUCAAGACACGGGUUCAUGUAAAUGUAUGGGCUAUUGGUCGUGAUCCCGAUUCCUGGAAAGAUCCAGAAAUGUUUCUCCCAGAAAGGUUUAUGGAUAGUAACAUUGAUGCAAAAGGACAGAACUUUGAGUUGUUGUCGUUUGGGAGUGGUAGGAGAAUUUGUCCUGGAAUGUACAUGGGAACAACAAUGGUGGAGUUUGGCCUCGCUAAUAUGCUGUAUCAUUUUGAUUGGAAAUUACCGGAAGGCAUGGCAGUCGAGGAUAUCGAUAUGGAAGAAGCCCCUGGACUUACUGUGAGCAAAAAAAGUGAGCUUCUACUUGUUCCAGUGAAGUAUUUAGAACAUUGAUCACGUAAAGUAAGUUCUUCAUCGAUUGUACUAUGAAUAAGUGAAAUGUUUAAGAGAAUUCCCAACGUAAUAAUUUGUUUUUGUUUUGCAAUUUUGCCUAGAAUACUUCUUUUUUUUUCUUAAAUAAUGUAAUUUUUACCUGAAGCCUCCUCCAUUAGCGGUAUACAGAAUUAGUUACGUA